UUCACACAGCGCAGGUUUCCAUUUUGUGAGUGCUGCCUAUAGUUAUCUCCACUAAGCGAGAGACAUCAGGGCUUCGCUGCGUGGAACUAAUGAUAUACGCGCAAUCUCAAAGUGAACCUAACCUGUACGUGUAAGCCUCAAAGCCCCGAACCCCAUACUCCUAGGUCAAUAAGCCUCAAGACCGAUCCACAUCAAAAUGGCGCACCGGCCUGAACAUAUCAUCGAGCUCAACAAGCAGCAGUUGAGGGAACUAAUCAAAGUCCUGAAGAUCAGCACCGACCAGGAUGCCGCCGAUGCCGAAUAUUUCGGACAGACACGCAGUCCUAAGACCGUGAGGCGCAUCAAGGCAGCCAUCCAAGCACUGCCGACAGAGCUAUACGCGGGGCGCUCGCGCAUUCCCUUUCGCACGUACAGUCACCGAGAGGCGAAGGCGGCCGUAUUGUGUGAUGUUCAUGAAGGGCUCAAUGGCUAUGUCAUCGGCAGCGCUUAUUGGCGGCUUCGGCAAGAGUUGACCGACCAUCUGCGCUUUCUGGAAUGGUACCAUGAAUUCUUGAGCCCAGAAGUCAAGGCUUUCCUCGAGGCCCUGACAGCGACCAAGGGAAUGUGGUGGGUGCCGGAGACUGAGGAGGACAUACCUCCCAAAGGGGCAGUCUGCUUCCAAGAGAAUUGCUGCCAGGCGUGUAUGCUGGCGAGAGUUGUGGUCGAGCCAUGGUGCCUGUUCAAUGUCCGCACAGCCCUGGUCAGUCGAGUCCGCACCCGGAAGAGACACCGAGUCCCGGCGUUGCUCCCCUUCAUUGAGAUUGCCAUCCGUGAAUUUGCCCCCGAAGGUGAGAACAUCGAAGCCUAUGGAGGUCUCCCGUGUGACUUGGCUUACAAGAGCAGUGCACUGGCAUACGACGUCAAGAAGGUACGCAAGCAUGCUGCCUAUUGUGCCAAGAGGGAUCGUAAGGGAAAGGAAGCGAGGGAAAGCGAGCAAGCCAUGAACGGCCAAAUGAUUCACCGUCCAAGCUCUCGCCCAGGUCGUAAAUCCGCGCCAGCAAAUCUCCAGUUGGACAGGAGAUUGCCACAAGCGGGUGUGCCAUCGACGUUGCAAGCCAAGGCCAGCCCCAUGUCGCCACACAACAAGCAGAUCAAGCAGCAUCCCAGCUAUGCCAAGCACCCGCGGCCACCGCACUGCCAGGAUGACACCAGGAAAGGUGCGGCUGUCAACGAUAUUAUCGAGGAGGUUACCAGAGUCCAUAUUGAAUACGCGGGUCACGCUGUAUUGGUGGCCCCAAGCCACACAAAAUGCAAUACUGACGGAGUGUCAACGGUUCGACCUUUGCUUGUGAAGAAGCAGAACACCGAAGGCCAAGGAUUAGGCGGCAUUGGUAACUCAGAUCUUGAGUACUCAGAGAUCGAGGGCUCAGAUAUCGAAGACUCAGAUAUUGAGGACGCUAGGCUCGAUCAAGAGCUCCAAGCGCUGCGACUUGAGAAGUCACUUCCCUCCCUAACUGAUAGUUUCCCUUCAACGGCGGAGGUCACGCCCCAUCGCCGGGCGGAAGACAUACUCGAACUGAGCAGCUUCUGCAAUGAGAUAGCUCUGGAGGAAAAGGCACUUUGGACGCCAACCUUCGUUGAACAUAUCUUGAGGCAGCCCUACCACCUGGACGAACCAUCCUCCUCGGAAAGUAGUUUCCAUACUACCACGCGAUCGGCCGUGCCAUUCUUCAACAUGUAAGGGACCGAUGAAGGGCGUUGAAGGAGAUUUGCGAGCAGAGUGGUGGAGGAAGCACAUGGGAGAAUGGUUUGUAUACAAGCAGCGAACUCCAUGUACAUUGCAUCUUAAUUAUAUAAGCUUCGGAUGAUAAGCUAAAUAGAUAAUGAUGAACAGAAGAUAAUGAUGAAGCGAAGCAAAAGGAAACCAGUCAUUAAGCCGCAGUCUCACAGCUGGGUGUGAGGGUUCGAGUGCAGUCCAAGA